AUGGAACAAUUAGAAAAAGCAGUCGUCUCGAAAUUGCUUCAUGACGCUUGGUUUAAGCUAAAAAUUCUGCAGCUCAAUCCUUCAAUUGAUAACAUUUUUGAUGAAACAGGCAGUUAUUCUGUACGACAGCUGUUAGAGCAAAAAAUUCAAUACCUGGAAAGCGUGGACCUUCGUCUCCUGAAUCAUAGUAAUCAAACUUUGCUAGUAGACUCCAACGAAGAACAGUUUCAUCGAAAUUCGAUAGAUUCGUUUGAUGAUAUUGAUAGAUAUGCAUUGCUUUGUAGUGAAGAUCGUAUCCUUUCAAGGCAACUUGAAAAUUUGAGGCGGCUGCAUGACCUAACACAUUAUGACUUGGUGAAUGAAUUUAGUCUCGCAAUAUCGAAAAACAUUUUUGUCCGUAAAUGGGAACAGUCUCGAAUGGAACAAUUGACCCAUACAAUGGACGAGCCGUACAGAGCCCUCGAACAAUCAUCUCGCAAAAAAGAAGCAAACAUUCAGAUGGCUCUGAAGGCAAACAGACUAAUUGACCAGUACUACUCGUGGCAGCUGGAGAAAACUGGGGAAAACGUCGAUGGUUGGAUGGAACGUUUUCAACGGGAGAAGGAAGACGUGGACAGCCGUUUGCAGCGGGGACGAGCGCAGAAAAGACGUUGGGAUGAUAUGAAGCAGCAAAGUGAACGUUGGAAGGAAGAAAUUGCACACUUGGAAAAACUGGAAUCCGAACAUCAGACUAGGAUAACGCGCAGGGAAGCUGCCAUUAAAAUUCAGAAGUGGUGGCGAUCAGUGAUGACUCGACUAGGAAUUGUAGCGAAACGAAGAAGGAAACCCAAGAGAAAACGUAAAGCAAAGGCGAGUAAAAAGGAGAAAAAGGGGAAAUGA